GCCCCGGCCCGCUGGGAGCUGAAGCCGGCCGGCUCUGCCGUGGCGGAGCGAGCCGAGCCAUGGGGUUGCAGUGAGUGCCCGGCACCGCCCCGCUGCGCCCGGCCAUGGCGCCUAUGGGGAUCCGCCUCUCGCCGCUCGGCAUGGCCGUGUUCUGCCUGCUGGGGCUGGGCGUCCUCUACCACCUCUACUCCGGCUUCCUGGCCGGCCGCUUCGCCUUCUUCAUGCUGAGCGAGCCGGCGGCGGGCGGGCCCGAGGGACCCCGCGGUUCGGCGGCCUCCGUGGACCUGCGGGAGCUGCUGGCCGUGUCCGUGCUGGCGGCCGUGCGGGGCGGCAAGGAGGUGCGGCGGGUCCGCGAGGGCAACGUGCUCAACGAGAAGGCCAAGGGGAAGACGCGGGAGGGGGCCGAGGAGAAGCUGACGAGCGGCGACCUGCUGUCCAACCGCCGCAUGUUCCACCUGCUGAGGGCCGCCUUCCCCACCGUGCAGAUAAACUCUGAGGAACGUGUUGAUGCAGCUGAUCAGGAGACAGUCUCUUGGGAUCGCAGUAUUCCUGAAGACAUAAAAGAAAAAAUACAGCCUAAAGAGGUUCCAGCAGAAAGUGUUACUGUCUGGAUUGAUCCAUUAGAUGCUACACAAGAGUACACAGAGGAUCUUCGGCAGUAUGUCACAACAAUGGUUUGUGUGGCUGUAAAUGGGAAACCGGUAAUAGGAGUGAUACAUAAGCCAUUCUCAGAAUAUACAGCCUGGGCAAUGGUGGAUGGUGGGUCAAACGUAAAAGCUCGUUCCUUAUACAAUGAGAAAACUCCAAGGAUUAUUGUAUCCCGCUCCCAUGCAGGAAAAGUGGAGCAGGUUGCACGGCAGACCUUUGGAAAUAAGACUGUGAUAAUCCCCGCUGGUGGAGCAGGUUACAAAGUGCUGGCUCUCCUUGACGUGGCUGACAAGAAUCAAGAAGAAGCUGAUGUGUAUAUCCAUGUCACCUAUAUUAAGAAGUGGGACAUAUGUGCUGGAAAUGCGGUGCUGAGAGCAUUGGGUGGCCAUAUGACUACUCUGACGGGCGAAGAAAUUAGUUACACUGGCUCAGAUGGCAAUGAGGGAGGACUUAUAGCCAGUAUCAAUAUGGACCAUAAAGCACUGAUUGAAAAACUUCCAGAUCUGGAAAAAACAUCACACAAAUAAAUGCGGUUGAUGGAGAAAUAGAAGACAUGCUUUUGUAGCCUCCAGAUGCUCUGUCUAAAGAAGCAGGGUUGAAAACUUGCUGGGAAAGAUGCACAGCAAAGCAGUUUGGUGUGGAUGUGGGGACUGUAUCAUGCAUUGGGUUUCUUCAGUGGUGGUAUUUAAAAAAUCAACAAUAAUAAUAAUAAGCAGAAGUGGGAAGAGGACUGACUGCCUCACACCUCAGUUUCUGUGUCUAUUUUUUUUCUUUUAGACUGUUUUCAUGCAGUUCUUACACUCAAGGUGCGUAUACGUUACACAGUUGUGAACAUGGGUGAAAUAAAGAAAACUCCAAAUUGAUUCAUGAAGUAACCUAAGUAGUUCUCACAGGAAUUGCUUGGAAACUUUUACAUCAUGUUACUGUAGUUUUAGCGACUCCAUAAUGAAUUAGGUAGAAACAAAGAUUGAUUUAUGUAGGCGUUUGAUAACUGUAAACAAUCUAGCGGGAAAGAUGACCCUGUGUUCUCUAUUCCCUGAACAGAAAGCACAAGAAGAUUGACACAAAUUUAUAUGCUGCAACAGUCUACCUUUUGAUAGAGUGGCACUCUUUCUGCUUUUUAGAGGGGAAAAAAAAAUGUUCUGUACUAUUUUGACUUUUUCCUGAAGAUUUAAACCGGUUUAAUUCAGAUGAGUUGUGAAUGUCAGUGUUUUAUUAAUCAGUGUAAUAAUUUCCUUAUACCUUUUUAAGAGAAAGCAAUGCUUCCUUGUAUAGUUUUUAACUGUUAAUUCUUGUCCUUGCUGACUUCUCUGUACAGUGUUGAAGAUGCAUGCUAGGCUUUCCUCUGAAGUCGGUCUUGUUCAUCACUUGGUGUUUGUACUUGCAGCAGCACCGUCUUCAGUACCUCUUUAUUUUGUGGGUUUUUUUCACCUUUGGAUAGAGUCGUAUGGAAUGAGUGUGGCUGAUUGGUUGAUUUCCUUUACACCGUGAGCUAAAAGUAGCACUUAUUUUUAUUUCUAGAACCCCCUAAGUGAUUUUCUGUCUUCUUAGGUUAAGGGGCGUUCUUUUCUGCUGUAAGUUCUUGAGCCAUCCCAAAUUGCUUAUGGUUACUUAAUUUAUACAUAUGUAGACUGUUUUCUGUUAACUUGAGCCUAUUCAAGCAAGCUUGAAGAACAGGUGGCACUUGAAGUCCAGCAGAAUCCUCGAAAUCUUACUGCUCUUUGUGAGUCCAACUUAUACAGAAUAGAACAUGGGCCCUUCGAUACCAAGUGCUUAAUUUCAGAGUACCUCUAAAAUAGGUGGACUUGUAAGUACAGGAAUGUAGCCAUCAGUUUUGUUGUUCUGUGCCACCCCUCUGAAGGGAUUUCAGAAAGUUAGAACAAACCUGUUAUUUUAAUUAUCAGUAGGCUCCCAUUUCUUCUCAUGAAAACUAAAAUUCUUAAUUAAUGCAAGUGUUUCAGUUUGGCUUUCUAAACCAAAUUCUCGUGUUUGUUUUCAUCUUCUUUCAUCCUGCUGUUCUGAUCAAAAAGAGGUUUUUCUCCUUAAGCCAAGUGUGGAGUGUGCCACGAUGCAUCUUUUCAUGUUCUUCUUGCUCGCAUCCAUGUUUCCGAAAGACCUCCUCAGAUGUUACAUAACUACAGAUACAGACUUUUAUUUUGUAAACUUACUGGCCAGAUAGACUGACGGUUAGUCUCACCAGCCCUUUGGUACGGGUAGAUUUUUGUCUGAUAUUGUUUUUUCCAAAACUGAUACUGUUGCUGCUAUUUGCGCUAAGCUUCUACUCAUGUAGAUAAUAGAUGAAGCAACUUAAAUUCCAAGUUAAGUUUAAUGAACAGCUGUAUGCUCUGAUGGAUAAGUGAAUAUAACCCUUUAGAAAAGAGAGUGAUAUUUUUCAAAAAAAAAACAAAAAACAAAAAACAACAAACCUUGUUGAGCUUCCAAAGCUCAGUGAAAAACAACAGUCCAGGUAUUUAUCAAGGCUUUAGUAAUGCUUUACAAGAUUAUUGCAGCUUCCCUUUACCCCCAUUUCAUGCUGAUAGAAGUGGCUUGAAGCCUAACAUAAUUAAAAAAAAAACAAACAAAAAACAAAGCUUUUCUAUUCAGUAGUUAAAGAAUUUGGAUUAAAUUUUAAGUAUGAGAAAUACUUAAAUUUAAUAGCCAUAGUUGGCCUGGUGUUAAAACUUGAGUGUGUCUCUCAGAGCUUGGAUGUACAACUCUUGAGAUAAUGUUUGUAGGAGGUGGUUGUUUUAGAUUCAGAUUGAAAGCAUGUAUGCAUUUACUGUGUGAAAAUGUAACUGCUUUUAAUUUGGGUAGGGUUCUAUCGCUUCCUUGCAUAAGCUGUGGGCAGACUUAGCUUCGGCAUGAGAAAUGAAAAGUAACUUUACAUAUUCUAGGAGAGCUUACUGGCAUUUUAGUUGAAGGCACGCAGUGUUUGCUUGAAUUAUUUUUCCUUAGGAAGCUAAAAAUGGUAAGAAGAGCCCCAGUUCUCCUUUCCUUUCUCCAGUAUGCUGGCAAAAAGUACCUAGUUUUUCAUCAGGAAGACGUUUGCUUGUUCAGACCAGUUUAUAUUCUAAAUUGCUUUGUUAGAUGUGAUCACGGUGUUUGAUACCUUUCCACUUCUGGCAUCUUUUUGGCCCAGUCUCAUUUCGUGUGCUAGUGCAGGGAAGGUGGGAGUGAGGUCCCCAUUUGGUCACCUUUAGCACAGCUGGACCUUGUGUAGCUUCUGCACAGCCAAUACCUGUGCUUGCAGCUCCCAGUCUGGCUGAAAGAGAAGCUGCUUAGGUGAGAGCAUACGUGGGCCUUGGGUAAAUACUUGGUUCUGAUGUAAAUGCAACUCUUGCACAGAGCAGCACAUGUUCAGAAGUGCUUGUGUGGUGCACGUGUGCCAGUGUACUUUGAUGUUGGUAUGUAUGUUAUUAACACUCUGUGCACCUAUUUAUUUGACCAUAUUUACACUCCAUUCUAAAAUAUUUUGCAGUUCUGGCUGAAAUACAUGUUUCUCAUUUGUGGUUUCCAGGUAUGCUUGUGCUCAAAACAGAGUAGGAACUCAGACUGUAAUGAUGUCUCACUACCUGCAUAGGACUUUAUUCUACAAAUUCUAGCCUUUUCCAUAUAAAACUGUACCAUUUUUAGGUCUGUGAAGAAGGACCCUGGGGGUCCUGGUGGAAAACAGCUUGGCCCUGUGAGCCAGCCGUGUGCCAUUGUGGCCAAGAAGGCCAAUGGUAUCCUGGGGUGCAUUAAAAAGAGCAUGGUCAGCAGGUUGAGGUAGUUCUGUGCUAACACAGAGAAGAACUUAUUUACAGUAAGGGUGAAGGAGCACUGGGACAGGUUGCCCAGAGAGGUUGUGGACUCUCCUUUUAUGGAGAUGUUCAAGACCCAUCUGGACGCCUACGUGUGUGUAGGGAACCUGCUUUAGCAGGGGGCUGGACAAGAUGAUUUCUUGAUGUCCCUUCCAAGCCCUGUAGUUUUGUGAUUCUGCUACCUUAAACAAUUGUUCAGUGUAGGUGAGUCCUACAAAGGUAUAUUUAAUAAAAAUAGUAGUUUAAACAAGAAAACUUCAUGGUACCUUCCCAGCACCAAGCAAGGAAAGUAAGAGAAUGCAUUAUUUUAGCAUUGGUUUUCAGAUGGUGUCUUUUUGUUUGAGUGAUUAUGAUUAUGUGCAUUAUAAGUGAAAUUAUUCUGAAGUCAUACAUAUUUUCUUUUUCUCAUUCUGCUAAAAAGAUUGGAUGGUAGCACAGGUGAUACUUAGUGCUGUACCUACCAUAAGUCCUAACACACAUCCCUUGAAUGAGUGUUUCCUGAAUAAAUGGACACAGAAAUAGAAGGAUUGAAUAUUGUACCCAAUUGGUUUUGAAUUUAACCUAUUUGCUAGGCUUUUACAGACAGAUCAGGACAAACAGCACUUAAAUAAAUCUACAGAGUGCAAAACAAUAAUGAAAACAGUGAGCAGAGAUAGCUUACUUGGAUGAUGAAUGAACCAUGCACACUUUUGCGACGUUUCAUGUAAUUGCUUUUCCUCUCCGGUCAUUAAGAACAGAAAUGUUCCAACUGGCUUUAGGUAUGAGAUUUUUAUUGUUAUUUUAAAUUGCCAGUUGUUGGAGAUCAGAUAUUGAGUGCAGUCAGCACUGGAGUUCCUCUCUGCUUUUUUGUUGAUAAACAAAUAUAUCUUGAUAUCCUUGUAGUAUGCUCUUAUCUGUUGGAGUUGCACAGCAGUGGUGUGAUGCUGCGUGCUCCUGCCCUAAACAUACAGAACAAGUGCUCUGCACUCCCCAGAGGGCUGCAAUGGGAAGGGACUUAAUUGUACUGGGUGUCUUCUGGGUUACAUCCCUCUGUUUUUCACUCCUGCUUUGUGGAUCGAAUUUCCUAAGUAGAAAAACAGGGGAAAGGAGCAGGUGACUCUGCUGGGAAAUUGUAGCAGAGAAUACUUAUUUCUAUCUCUUGAUUUAAGUUACAUUUUGAUUACUCUUUCAGAGUUUGGAUCAUCAUGCAAUUAAGAUUUAACUAAUCUGAUAACUGUCUGUGUGAUUGUAGGCUCUGGCAGGGUGAGGGGGAAAUACCUUUAACCUAGAAAGCUUGAACAGCUUUUUUACAGGCCAGUCAAACCAAGCCUUAUUUCAGUGCUCUGUCAUACAGACUGAGGUUUGUGGACAUAAUUAUGAAUUAAAAAUUGCCAAAAUAUUCGUAGUCUGUCUUCUGUCCUGCCAUCCUUCAUCAUAAAACAGCUCUGAGCGCAGUUCACUGUAACAUAAGCUGCUGGGACAAGCUGAUAGUAACUCUGAGGUCUGAGACCUUCUGUGGGGUGUCUGUAACAGUGGGGUGCCAGCACCUGCUGUGUGGAUCUUCCCACCUCAAGCUGGUAAUGCCACUCACAGGUCAUACCAAGGGGCUGCUGAAGCCUUAUGCUUUGUGGUUUUCUGAUGUCAGUGGAGAGCCACUUUGUUCUUUUUGCUGUUCCUUGUUUGUCUGUGUUUUCUUGAUCCUUGCUUCUUAGCCUAUGUGAACAAGAAGGGCAAGGGAUUGGAGGUGGAAGCUUCUGAAUGAAAGGAUCACAGCAACAAACUCACAAGUGUAUUUUAUCCUGCAGCUGGUAAUAUUUGGGACCAAGGUCUAAGGUGCUGACUUUACCAAAAAUGGUAGACAAUGAUAGAUACCAGCAAAAUAAAGGCAGCUUGAAGAGAAUUUCAUAUGACUGGCAGCGCUAAACGUGCAGAAAAGAUAUAAAUGGUUUAGGAAGAAAUUAAACUCUUUUAAAAUGAGGGAAAUAAAACUGUUUUCUCGUGAAACAUUACAACUACUUGGCCUUUCUGUUCCCUUUGGUGCAGAGCUGUGUUGCUUAGGAGGGGCUCCACUGGCUCACUCAUUGAAAGGCCCAGUGUUCCUGAAGUACAUUGCCACUGAUGUCAAUGAGAGCAGAAGCAAGUCAGAAACGAUGCAAAGAGAAAGUUAAGCAAGGUUGUGAAGAGCUCAGCUUCUGCCAACAGAACAACAAACAACCUGGGUUGUGUUAAACUCAUGUCUGGUGGCUUAUUUCUGCCUACAUUACUAGAUGGAACAUCAUCCAAGUGGCUUAAGAUGCAAAGUUUUUCAUUUCUUUAUGGUCUACAGCUGAUAAGAGCAUACCUUUAGAUAAUACUGUUUUCAGCCCUGGUUGCUCCUUAUUUCUAAUUCAUGUUCCUCUUCCUCCCCACAAAGGACCAGCAACACUUUGGCAUUUUUCCUGUUGUCCCACCAAAUUGUGUUCCCAUUUUCCAAUUGUGUGCCAAAUUGAAAUGACAAUUCUAUAAAUAAAACCUCUGAAAAAAAAUGGACUGUGA